ACAAAAUGGCUGCCUCCUCUUCGGGCAACCGUAUUCUGUUGCACAAAUUAAAUGAACUUAUUACAUUCAAACGUAUUUGUAACAUUACUCAACAUGAUAUCUUUAUUAGACGUAUACGGACAUCUAGAUCCAAAUGCCAACUCCAGCCGAAAAUGCAUACUAAGAGCCCCCCUCAGAUGGUCGGGGUCGUUGGCUUGGAGAUCCACGCGCAGAUUCACGCGGCGUCAAAGCUGUUCUCGAGCUCCGGGGUCAGGUUCUCUGCUCCGCCAAACUCUCUGGUGGCGUGUUUCGACGCAUCAUUGCCUGGGACACUACCAGUGCUAAACAGGAGAUGUGUAGAGGCCUCGGUAAUGACAGGCCUUGCCCUGAACUGUACCAUCAACAGGAAGUCCCUUUUUGACAGGAAGCACUACUUUUAUGCUGACAUGCCUGCAGGCUACCAGAUCACACAGCAGAGACUGCCCAUUGCAGUGAAUGGAUCCCUCACUUAUAGCUACUUAGGUGGAAGGAAGAGGAACCAGGUGGUGACGAAGAAUGUGAGGAUUAAACAGAUCCAGCUAGAACAGGACAGUGGCAAGAGUCUCCAUGACGACCACCGCAACCAGACACUCAUAGAUCUGAACAGAGCAGGUGUGGGUUUGAUGGAGGUAGUGAUGGAGGCAGAUAUGGAGUGCGGGGAGGAAGCAGCCGCAGCUGUGCGAGAGCUCCAGCUCAUUCUGCAGACGCUGGGCACCUGCUACGGAAAUAUGGCCGAGGGUCAGUUGAGAGUUGAUGCUAAUGUUUCGGUCCACCGUCCUGGGGAACCGCUGGGUGUACGGACUGAAGUUAAGAACAUCAACAGUGCUCGAUAUGUUGCCAAGGCGAUAGACUAUGAGAUCCAGAGGCAGAUGGAGGUUCUAGACACUGGGGGAACCAUCCUUAAUGAGACCCGGGCCUUUGACAGCAAGUCUGGAGCAACAGUUCCAAUGAGAGACAAGGAGGGACUUCAGGACUACAGGUUCAUGCCGGAGCCCAAUCUUCCUCCUCUGUUUGUUUAUGAGAGCGUGGCCUCAGUGCCUGCUGGCGUGGACCCCACCCAGGUCGUGGUGAUUGACAGGCUAAAGGCCAUCUUGCCAGAGCUCCCCGGAGUAAAAAGGGCACAGCUCGUGGAAGAGUACGGCCUCCUGCCUGAACAUAGCUUCACUUUAGUGAAUGAGGUUGGGUUGAUGGACUACUUUGAGCGAGUCAUCCAGAAAACGAAGGCGGAGCCGAGGAAGGUAAUUGGCUGGGUUAUUAAGGAGCUGCUGGGUAAUCUGAACCAGAAUGGCCUGAGGCUUACACAGAGUCCCAUCUCUUCGGAAGCUCUGGCCGAACUGCUGAACAUUCUAGAAUCUGGUCACAUCUCCACCUCAGCCGCCAAAGUGGUUUUUCAGGAGAUGUGGAAGCUUCCUGAGAAGAGUGUGAAGCAGCUGGUGGCAGAGCUGGACCUGGAGCUCAUUAGUGACCAAGAGCAGAUCCUGCAGAUCUGUCGCAGAGUGGUGGACGCUCACCCUGAGGAGGUGCGGGUGAUCCGGGCAGGUAACAAGAAGGUUCUGAACAAGCUGAUGGGCAUCGUACAGAAGGAGACGAAGGGCCGGACAGAUCCGCUCCAGGUCAGGAGAAUCCUUGAGGAAAUGACAUCAUGAGCGCUACCCAGAGAACUUCCACGCAGCUGCUGCGAAUCGAGCUGUAUCUGCCGAGUUAACGGACUCGAUUAAAAGUUCAACGUUCAGAAGCCAACAACAUCGUCGUCGUCAUGCAGAGAGCCCGGCUGAGAGUAGAGUAUCUGUGAGUAGAAAGGUCCAUAGAGGAAAGACUGUUCUGUAACUGGCUAUAAAUAAGCCACAGAGAGGAGGGAGCUGCUAGUGAGGUUCGGACUUACCUACAAGCUGUUAGACACAAUUAAUAACAUCAGCUUAACUAUAUGAUCCCGUACAACUUUCAUCUCCAGGGAUCGCUGACCUGCUGUGCACUGCAAGAUGCAAAUAAUGUUAAUUAUGUCGUGCAAAGUGUCACUGAUGCUUAUUUUCUUGUUCAUUUUUUACCAUGUCUCUGGUGGAUCCCAAGGAACACAGAACCAUUUUGUAUAAAUCUAUAUUAAUAUUUAAAUGCAGAUAAACAAAGCUGCUUUCAUGCA